UAUUUCACGCUGUCAAUGUCACAUCAAGACCAACAAUUGCUGGCUCAUGCUUAUCAUUAUUCGCUGUAUUUGUGGUUUACUGCUUUUAUAAUUGUUGUAAACUUGAAUUUAAGUAAUUGAAUCUUAAUACUCAAUUACUUGAAUUAGCAUUGUAAACCAUGGCGUCUGUACUAAUCCCCGAGGUACCAGCUCCCGGUUUCUCUUUUGAGAAUUGUCAACGUAAUGCAUUCCUUGCUCAGAAAGGAUUUCCUGCACCAAAGGCAACAAAAACCGGUACAACUAUAGUCGGCAUUAUUUACGCGGAUGGUGUAAUUCUCGGAGCCGAUACUAGAGCAACUGAGAACACUGUUGUUUCUGAUAAAAAUUGUCAAAAGAUCCAUUAUUUGGCAUCCAAUAUGUAUUGCUGUGGAGCGGGUACUGCCGCUGACACCGAAAUGACCACUCAGACGGUGGCAUCGCAACUAGAAUUGCAACGUCUACACACGGGGCGCACCGUACCUGUCGAAACGGCAUCGACACUUUUGAAGCGUAUGUUGUUCCGUUAUCAGGGCUACAUAGGAGCUGCUCUUGUGCUUGGAGGUGUUGACCGCACAGGGCCCCACAUUUACUGUAUCUAUCCACAUGGAUCUGUUGACAAACUGCCUUAUGCUACUAUGGGCUCUGGUUCCUUAGCAGCUAUGGCAGUGUUUGAAUCUGGAUGGAAGCCCAACUUGUCUGAGGAAGAGGGGAAGAAGCUUGUGAGAGAUGCAAUUGCUGCUGGUAUCUUCAAUGACUUGGGGUCAGGAUCUAAUGUGGACUUGUGUGUUAUUCGCAACUCUGGUCCAGCCCAGUAUUUGAGAACAUAUGAAGAAGCUAAUAUCAAGGGCAAGAAGCAGGGAUCGUACAGAUAUCCUAUUGGAACAACUGCAGUGUUGAAGCAGCGCGUGAUCCCAUUAGAAGUAGAGUCUGUGUCAGUGCAUCCGGUGCAACCAAUGGAUGUGGAGCCUUCUCACAGCCGCCGUUAAUAAUACACUUCAUUUAUCCUUAAAAUUAAUAAAUACUUUUGGAAUACA